AUGGAUUCCAUAACUCACUUCGAUAGACAAAUAAUUCCAGAGCGAGUAGUACAUGGGAAAGGUUCUGGAGCAUUCGGAUAUUUUGAAGUAACGAAUGACGUCAGCAAAUAUACCAAAGCAGAUUUCCUUAACGAAGUUGGUAAGAAAACUCCGGUUGCUGUUAGAUUUUCGCUUGCUGGUGGUGAGCGAGGUAGCAGUGAUGGCACCCCAGGUGGUCUACGAGGAUUCGCUGUAAAAUUCUACACGAAAGAAGGAAAUUUCGAUAUACUUGGCUUAAACACGCCAAUGUUUGCUCUUAAAGAUCCUAUACUAUUUCCCAAUUUUAUUCAUGCUCUUGGAAGAAAUCCAGCAACUAAUGUUCCUGAUCCAAAUAUGCUUUGGGACUUUUUAACACGCUAUCCCACGACUUUGAACAUGUUUUUACGGUUGUUUGGUAAUGCUGGUACGCCAAGAGGCUAUCGCUAUAUGCCUGGAUAUGCUAUACAUACGUAUCAAGUGCAAAAUAAGAAUGGCGAUAUAUACUUUGUUAGAUUUCACUUCAUGCCAGAAGAUGGUAAAGAAAGUAUAACUCCUGAGGAGGCUUCGCAAUUAGAUCCUGACUCAUUUACCAGAGAUUUAUAUGAAGCGAUUGCUUGUGGAAAACGUGUUGCUUGGAACUUUGGUAUACAAGUCUUAACAAAAGAACGAGCUUUAAAUGCGAAGAUCGACGUCUUUGACACAACUUUAGAGCUCCCAUUUAAAGAAUACCCCAUAACGCCUGUAGGCAAAUUAGUUCUCAAUAGGAAUCCUCUAAAUUUCUUCGCUGAAGUAGAACAACUAGCUUUCUGUCCAUGUAACUUAGUACCUGGAAUAGAAGGAGCACCAGAUAAAUUAUUCGAAGGACGUAUGUUUUCUUACAGAGACACUCAGAACUAUCGUUUAGGAAUAAACUAUAAUAAUAUUAAAGUGAAUUGUCCGUUUGAAACUGUAGCACGUACCUACAAUAGAGAUGGUGUCCCACCAGUUGAUUAUAAUGGAAAAGAUUCGCCUAAUUACUAUGAAAACUCUUUCAAUGGUCCAGUUGCGUACAACGAUGUUAAGAGAUCAAAAUUAGUAAAAAUAAAACAAGGAAAAGCUAAUAAUUUUGAACAAAUAGCUAAAUCAUAUUUAGAUAUGGAUGAAGAUGAAAAAGAUGUUGUAAUCACCAAUAUAGUUAAUAGUUUAGGCCCUGCUAUAGAUUCCUUGCGCGAUAAAGCUGUCAAAAUAUUUACAGAAAUUGAGAAAGACCUUGGAAACAGAAUUAAGAAAGGUUUAGAAGGAUUCAGUAGAGAAGCAGUUUGUAAUAUGACAUUGGAUAGUUCGUCAUGA